AUCGAAAUAAACAAUACGAACAUUCUUCUUUCUUUUAUCGGCCAGUGCCAGAUGCGAACCGCGAAGAACCACCAGAAGCUGCACCGAAACUAUCGUAGCCAGAUCAGGGCAGAUGCUGAGAGGCGCCGUGGAGCACCAUGAAGUCGCCAACCCCCGCCUUGAUGACCGUUCGCGGAUUCAAUACACCAGCACUGGGAUCAGGAGAUGAGGACUCGGAUUAUGGACCACGGACACCGUCUCGCAGACACCAGAUCCAUGAUGUGGUCAGCGCCAACAGCAGCCCGAUGCUGCGAUCAACCUCGUCGCCUGCUAUGGGAGGAAUCAGCAAGUUGAAAUUACAACUCGAUACCCUGAACUUGGAUAACGAUUCUCGAACUAGCUCAUUUGUGCGCAGCAAGAGCCAGUUGAUGAGCCAGCCUCAGAGCAGUACAGGCACCAACACUUCAGACGGGUACAGCGAUGAUGACACGUCCGAUAUUACCAGCUACGAAGUUCCUCUCGAGGGCGACUUUGUCAGUGAGAGCGUGGCUGAGAAGCCCCUAUACGGUGCCAUAGAAGGAGGGCUUAUCCAGGAUACUAUCGCAAGGAAGAUGACAGCGGACGACUUCGAACCUCUGCGAUGUCUUGGGAAAGGAACAUUUGGCACGGUGCUCCUCGUCAAACAGCAGACUACAGGACGAUUGUACGCGCAGAAACAGUUCAAGAAGGCAUCAUUGACUGUCCACAAGCGUCUGAUUGAACAGACCAAGACCGAAAGGUCAAUUCUGGAGAGCGUCAAUCGGCAUCCGUUUGUGGUGAAGCUCUUCUACGCGUUCCAGGACCAUGAGAAGCUCUAUCUCAUCCUUGAGUACGCGCAGGGUGGAGAAUUGUUCACGCAUCUGGCACAAGAACGUAUGUUCACUGAAGAAGUCGCGUCCUUCUACAUGGCAGAGAUGGCCUUGGCUCUCGAGCACUUGCAUCGCAACCUAGGCGUUAUCUAUCGCGACCUGAAGCCCGAGAACUGUCUCCUAGACACCGAGGGCCAUCUCCUCCUCACCGACUUCGGCCUCUCCAAAGUCGCGGUCAACGAAAACGACAAAUGCAACAGCGUCCUCGGCACUGUCGAAUACAUGGCGCCAGAAGUGAUCCUCGGCCAGAAAUACGGCAUGGCAGUAGACUGGUGGUCCUUCGGCGCCCUAGGCUUCGACCUCCUCACCGGGGCACCACCCUUCCAAGGCCAAAACCACGCCAAUAUCCAAGAAAGAAUCACAAAGCAGAAACUCGUCAUGCCGUAUUUCCUCGGGCCCGACGCUAAGGAUCUCCUCACCCGCCUCCUCCGCAAGGAGCCUAACAAGCGCCUGGGAUCCAACAUGCCAAAGGAUAUGCUGCUCAUCAAGAAGCAUCGCUUCUUCCGCAAGAUCGACUGGAAGAGGCUCGCUAGGAGGGAGAUCGAGCCGCCGAUUCAGCCGCUGAUCACGGACCCGGAGCUGGCGGAGAAUUUCUCGACGGAUUUCACGGAGCUGGCGCUGAGUCCUGUGUUGAGUAGUACGAAGGCGCCGUGGAGCUCGGCGGGUGCUGCCGCGAAUGAGAAUCCGUUUGGGGGGUUUAGUUAUGUGGCGAGUCAGAGUCUGUUGGAUGGGAAUGGCUUUCUUGAGAUGGGUGCUGGUGUUGCGGCUUAGAGCCUGUCAAGAUGUUGAGUGUCAGAUAGACACGAUGGGCGUAUAUGUGAUUUUUCUUCUUCUUUUCUUUGCACAUGGUAUUUCAAGUGUACGCUUUAGGGACUGUGGGAACGGCUAUGGAAAAAAUGGGACUUGGGUAUGUUAUGUUAUGGUUUGGCACGGCAUGGUAUGGUACGGUAUGGUACGGUACAAUAUAAUAGAUCGCUGGAAAGACAGACGGCUAGAUAGAUGGCUUUUACAUCAGACUUGUCGGCGGAACCUGGAACUUUUUGUACCUAGGUAGAUUGCGCUGGCGUGUAGUCUACCUAUAAUGAACUUAUGACCUUUAACACACACAUCCA